CUGAGUAGUACUCGCCUCUGAUUGGUCCGUCGUUAUGAACGGGGGUAGGUCCACACGGUGCAAGCCACUGUUGAAAUUUCUACGCUAACCAACUUUAGCCAGCUUGCUAACAUGUAAUUAAACGAAUGUGGGUUAACUGCAUUCACCGUACUACAAUGGGUUGGAAUUGACAGGUAAUAUGCUGGUUCCGAAAACGGAAUACCGAAAUAAUUGGCGGUGUUCUGUACGUGUCGCCGCAACUACACGCAGAACAUGUCCAGUUAGCCAUAACGCGGCGAUUGGUGGAUAACGAAUCUGGCAAGCUAGCCAGUGGGUCCGGGGUUUGGACUGGGUUGAGGCUUUUGUACAGGUUUCCUCGCCCAGUGGACAGCCGAGCCGGAUGCUGUGAUUAUCAUGAGUCCCGCGGGCUGCCCCCAUGUCAACUGCUUCAAAGUGGACAACUGGAAGCAGAACCUGAGGGCUAUUUAUCAGUGUUUCGUAUGGAGCGGUUCGGCCGAGACCAGGAAACGCAAGGCCAAGUCAUGCAUCUGCCACAUGUGCGGGGCUCACCUCAGCAGACUCCACUCCUGCCUUUACUGCGUCUUCUUCGCCUGCUUUGCCAAAAAACACAUCCAUGAGCAUGCCAAGACCAAACGACAUAACCUAGCGAUUGACUUGCUGUAUGGGGGGAUUUACUGCUUCAUGUGCCAAGACUACAUUUACGACAAAGACAUGGAACAGAUUGCCAAAGAGGAACAAAGGAAGGCCUGGAAAAUGCAAGGCACAGGUGAGAAGUACUCAACAUGGGAGCCAACCAAGAGGGAGCUGGAGCUUCUCCGCCACAAUCCCAAGAGGAGGAGAAUCACCUCCAACUGUACUAUUGGCCUACGCGGUCUAAUCAACCUUGGCAACACGUGCUUUAUGAACUGCAUUGUCCAGGCACUAACGCAUACGCCGCUGCUGCGGGACUUCUUCCUGUCUGACCGACACAAAUGUGAAAUGCAGAGCAAUUCCUGCUUAGUGUGUGAAAUGUCGCAACUCUUCCAAGAGUUCUACUCAGGCCAUCGUUCACCUCACAUCCCGUUCCGUCUGCUCCACCUGGUGUGGACUCAUGCCCGUCAUCUGGCUGGCUACGAGCAGCAGGACGCGCAUGAGUUCCUCAUCGCUGCACUGGAUGUUUUACACAGACACUGCAAAGAUGACAACGGGAAAAAAGCCAACAACCCAAACCAUUGUAAUUGCAUCAUUGACCAAAUCUUCACAGGGGGCCUGCAGUCUGAUGUCACCUGUCAAGUCUGCCACGGUGUCUCAACUACUAUCGACCCAUUCUGGGACAUCAGUUUGGAUCUGCCCGGCUCCUCUACUCCCUUCUGGCCCCUAAGCCCUGGCGGGGAUGGUUCGACACUAAACGGAGAGAGUCACACCACUGGAGCCACAACACUGACAGACUGCUUACGAAGGUUCACCAGACCAGAGCACCUCGGUAGCAGCGCUAAGAUCAAGUGCAGCGGUUGCCAUAGUUACCAAGAGUCUACCAAGCAGCUGACCAUGAAGAAAUUGCCCAUUGUGGCUUGCUUUCACCUCAAAAGAUUCGAGCAUUCUGCCAAACUUCGGAGGAAGAUCACUACAUAUGUUUCUUUCCCUUUGGAGUUGGACAUGACCCCUUUUAUGGCUUCCAGUAAAGAGAGCAGGAUGAACGGCCAGUACCAGCAGACUUUGGAGCCCUUCAACGAUGACAACAAAUACAGCCUGUUUGCUGUUGUUAACCACCAGGGAACACUGGAGAGCGGCCACUACACCACCUUCAUCAGGCAGCACAAGGACCAGUGGUUCAAAUGUGACGACGCCAUCAUUACCAAGGCCAGCAUCGAAGCCGUGCUGGACAGUGAAGGGUACCUUUUGUUUUACCAUAAACAGUUUCUGGAGUACGAGUAGUGCAGCCCUCAUCACAAUGCAUAUGAGCCCUGACGCACUACUGCAACUUGGAAAAAAAAAAUAACAUCUCUACUGGAAUUCAGGACGCACACAACAACUAUCUACUGGUUGUAAGUCUGCACGUUGAGGUCGAAAGUGACGAGCGGCCUGUCAUCAUGUUAACUUUGGCUUUUGGCAUUCUCACUUUCAGACAGACAGAAGUGAAAGUUUUGUGUUUAGACCCAAAUUAAUGCAAGGGAUUUGUUUACUUGGUCUUUUCUUUCUCAACGUCCUUCUUGAGCCGGGUUGGGGAACCUAUUAUGUGUUGGCUCUGUUGGGCUCUGGACUGCUAUGCAAUUGUGAAAACACACGAAACCUCUGAGAAACUCAUAAUAACACUAAGCCGUUGAGAUACGCUUGUCAAUUAGUGUCAUGGCGAGGCCCAUUACAAUUUUUCCUUGAUGGUGUAAUUUCACACUUGAUGGGUGGACAGGCACUCCAGAGACUCAAUCGGUUGUGUACAAGUCCAUUUUCCAUCAUACCAGGAUGUCCGUUUUAAAAGUUGAAAAAGAUUCCCCACCCCUCUUCUAAAUUCUUGUAAAUGUCAACAAUGCUACAAGAUGCUUCUAUAUGAACAAAAGGUUCUUUUCUUUUUUGUUGUUAAUUUCAGUUUUGCGGCAGGGGAAGUAAUUAGAAUUCACAAGCACACCAUGUGUCACAUAGUAGCCUAUACACACACACAUACACUCAAAAUGACCAAAUAUUGUAAAUGUUUUUAUGCAUUUUUCACUGCACUGCAGAAGAAGGAGAAAAUCAAGAAGCAAACAUCUCCUCACAAGUUGUAUGAUAAAUAUUCUACAUAUUUAUGUCACUACUCGUGAGUUUGUCGUCGGUCAACGACAUCGGAAGCUUUGGCUCGACUCUCCCCCAAGCGUGCCGGACGUUUCCGCCUCUAUUGCUGCUUCCAACUGUCGCAGGGGCGGACUUUACUCAGUAAAUAUUCUAUUUUUAUAAAUACUGUAAUUCUAAAAUGAUUCGUUUACAGUCUUUUGCAUUCACUCACAUUGUCUGUCCAUGUUACAUUGUGCUGUGUUGUUUUAUCUACGCAAAAAAGAGCUAACCACGCCCACCUGAAAAUGCUGCUAUUGCAGCUUAAUGUUUGGUUAUAUUAGCUGUUAUAUUGGGUUUUGUCUGAAGUUUUAUUUUUAAGUACAUAAGUCUCUGGCAGUUUAGAAACAUACUGUAUCUUCAUGUUCAAGGUAUGUGUUUGUGGUUAAAUGCAAAAAUAAGAGCCAAUCUGGGAUGUACCCUCAGAAUAGUGCAGUAUGUGCGAAGGAUCAUGAGCUUGAUUCUGGGGUGUAUUAUCGUUGGCUGCAUGUUUGUGUGUGUGUUUGUAACCAGAAAAAGACAGUGGGAAAAAUAACUGGUUGUUGGGGGGGGGGAUGUUAUUGUGUAAAAACAACAAAAAACAAAACAGAAGUAUGUAUGUGUUAAGGUUCGUAUGCACGUGUGGUGCGCGUGCGUAUGCUCUGUGUGUUUGUGUACUGAAUCAGUACUUGAGUUCAGCAUGCCGCCCAAGCUGAAUAUUAGUUUUUCUUUUCUGUUAUAUAUAUUUUUUUUCCACAUGUUGAAGAUGUAUGUAAAGUAUAUAAUUGUACAGUUUGUACGUAAGAGACAAAUGGUGAAACCUCCAUAUUGAUUUUUGUUCUAUAUGUUGCUGGAUUCAGCCACGAGAGUCGUAACGGUGUCUUGACCUAUUAAGUCAUUCCUUCAGUGCAAAAUGACUGCAAAGACUUGGACACAGUGAUGGCAAGACACGCAAAUAAAAAAUA